AUGGACAAUUCAGAAUUUCUUUGGAAGGUGUUGCGGAUACAGGAGCUGCGAAAUGUCAACGAGCAUUUUUUGGUCAAUUGUAUUACAGUAGAUACGAGUAGGCUGGUUUCACAAGUGGACAAGCUGCUGAAAGCUGGAGACAAUGGUGUCGACUUCAUUGUUCAGCAGCUACAGCUAUUGAUAAAGGAUGUGUACAGACAAUUACGAAGAAGCCAAGGAAUGGUGCCGGAACCUUCUCUGGCAGUUAAUUUGAAUUUCACCAUUUUGAAAUUCUCAGUUGCUUACUGGGACAUUCUAUUGCAGAGGUCAUUGGAUUUGAUGCCUGAAGUUCCCAGAAGAGAUGUUCGGUAUUUUAUCACCGAGGUCACCUCCGUAGAGAGGAUUCGGUAUGUUGAGACCAACCAAAACUUCAAGACCUUCAAAAAUCACCAGGGUUUGGUUCGGGACAGUGUAGAAAUGGACGAGUUCAUUGAUUAUGAAACUUUAAUCAAACAGAUAAUUUUUGAUCUGUUCCGGAGAAAUGGUGUUCAGGAACAGGAUUUCGAGGCCCUGUUAUUAAGAUUCCAUGAUUUAGAGAGCUUGAUGAUUGCCUUCAACGAAUGA